ACAGGCUGGCACAGUUCUCAGGAUUCCACUUGCUGCUCAUACAUGGAGCUGAGGGGAAUCUACCUUGUGUCUCUGCACACUUAGUGACAUCCCAUAACCGGGUCUCAAGACAUGGAGAUGAAAGUCCUUAUCUUGGUUGGGGUUAGGCUGCUGUUUCUGCCGACCACUGUUUGCCAAAGUGACAUGAAACAUGUUUCAGACAACUCAGGCUUAACUGCUGAGAGUUUUAAUGGCAACGAACAUUCCUUUGAAGAAUUCCCACUUUCUGACAUAGAGGGCUGGACAGGAGCCACCACAACUAUAAAAGCGAAGUGUCCUGAAGAAAGCAUUACAACUCUCCAUGUGAAUAACGCUACCAUGGGAUACCUGAGAAGUUCCUUAAGUACCAAAGUGAUACCCUCCAUCUACAUCCUGGUGUUUGUGGUUGGUGUCCCAGCGAACAUCGUGACCCUGUGGAAACUCUCCUCAAGGACCAAAUCCAUCUGUCUGGUCAUCUUUCACACCAACCUCGCCAUCGCAGAUCUCCUUUUCUGUGUCACGCUGCCGUUUAAGAUCGCCUACCAUCUCAAUGGGAACGACUGGGUCUUUGGCGAGGUCAUGUGCCGGGUCACCACGGUCGCUUUCUACGGCAACAUGUAUUGUGCUAUUCUCAUCCUCACCUGUAUGGGCAUCAACCGCUACCUGGCCACGGUCCAUCCCUUCACAUACCGCAAGCUGCCCAAACGCAACUUCACUUUGCUCAUGUGUGGCGUGGUGUGGGUCAUGGUGGUCUUAUAUAUGUUGCCGUUGGCCAUCCUCAAGCAGGAGUACCAUCUUGUCCAGCCAGGGAUCACCACCUGCCACGAUGUCCACGACACAUGCGAGUCCCCGUCGCCCUUCCAGUUCUACUACUUUGUCUCCUUGGCCUUCUUUGGGUUCCUUAUCCCGUUUGUGGUCAGUGUCUUCUGUUACACGACUCUCAUCCACAAGCUUAAUGCACAGGAUCGAAAAUGGCUGAGGUACAUCAAGGCGGUUCUCUUCAUCCUCGUGAUUUUCACCAUCUGCUUUGCCCCCACCAACAUCAUACUCAUAAUUCACCACGCCAACUACUACUACAGCAACACUGAUAGCUUGUACUUUAUGUAUCUCAUAGCUCUCUGCCUGGGCAGCCUGAAUAGUUGCCUAGAUCCAUUCCUUUAUUUUAUCAUGUCAAAAAUUGUAGAUCAGCUGACCUCGUAGUCAACAAUGGCGAGAUCAUCUUGGAUAACAAGGAUAGAUAUCUGGGGGAAAUGUAUAUGCUUGGGCUGACUUGUGCAUGGCACCAACAGCUCAAUUUUUAAUCUUUAAUUUUAAUUUUAUGUUUUUUGAGGCAGGGUGUCACUACGUAGUCCU